GCGCCAUGUUGGAGGGCUGGUGGUAGGGGCUCGGGGAGGUGCUCGUUCUCUUGGUCUCGCUGUCUCUCUCGCUUCCCCCGGCUCCCUUCGCUGCCCCCCCCGGUCGCCUGCGUGCCGGAGUGUGUGCGAGGGAGGGGGAGGGCGUCGGGGGGGUGGGGGGAGGCGUUCCGGUCCCCGGGAGACCCGCGGAGGGAGGCGGAGGCUGCGAGGGACACCGGGAAGCCAUGGACGUCGAGAGGCUGCAGGAGGCGCUGAAAGAUUUUGAGAAGAGGGGGAAAAAGGAAGUUUGUCCUGUCCUGGAUCAGUUUCUUUGUCAUGUAGCCAAGACUGGAGAAACAAUGAUCCAGUGGUCCCAAUUUAAAGGCUAUUUUAUUUUCAAACUGGAGAAAGUGAUGGAUGAUUUCAGAACUUCAGCUCCUGAACCAAGAGGUCCUCCCAACCCUAAUGUCGAAUAUAUUCCCUUUGAUGAAAUGAAGGAAAGAAUACUGAAAAUUGUCACUGGAUUUAAUGGUAUCCCUUUUACUAUUCAGCGACUAUGUGAAUUGCUAACAGAUCCAAGGAGAAACUAUACAGGAACAGACAAAUUUCUCAGAGGAGUAGAAAAGAAUGUAAUGGUUGUUAGCUGUGUUUAUCCUUCUUCAGAGAAAAACAAUUCUAAUAGUUUAAAUCGAAUGAAUGGUGUUAUGUUUCCUGGAAAUUCACCAAGCUAUACUGAGAGGUCUAAUAUAAAUGGACCUGGAACACCCAGGCCACUUAAUCGACCAAAGGUUUCUUUGUCAGCCCCUAUGACAACAAAUGGUUUGCCUGAGAGCGCAGAUAGCAAAGAGUCAAACUUACAGCAGAAUGAAGAAAAAAAUCACAGUGACUCUUCAACAUCUGAAUCAGAAGUUUCCUCAGUGAGCCCUAUAAAAAAUAAACAUCCAGAUGAAGACUCUGUGGAAACUGAGGGGCAUGAGGUAAAAAGACUCAGGUUUGACAAAGACAGUGAAGUCAGAGAGAUGGCCAGUCAGACAACUUCCAGUGAAGUUUCUUCAGUUAUGGUAGAAGAAACAGAAGCAUCAUCUUCAUCUCAGGAUAAAGACAAAGAAAGUAGUUGUACCACGCAGCACUGUGCAGAAGAGGAUGAAGAAGAGGAUGAAGAGGAAGAAGAAGAGUCUUUUAUGACAUCAAGAGAAAUGAUCCCAGAAAGAAAAAAUCAAGAAAAAGAAUCUGAUGAUGCCUUAACUGUGAAUGAAGAGACUUCUGAGGAAAAUAAUCAGAUGGAGGAAUCUGAUCUGUCUGAAGCUGAGAAAGAUUUACAUUCUGAAGGUAGUGAAAAUACAGGCCCUGUAAGUAGUGGUUCUGACUGCUGUGAAACAGAGGAAUUAGUAGGAUCCAAUUCCAGUAAAACUGGAGAGAUUCUGUCAGAAUCAUCCAUGGAAAAUGACGAUGAAGCCACAGUCACAGAUGAACCAAUGGAACAAGACUAACUAUUUAGAAACAUUUAGAUGCAGUAUUUUACAUACAGUUCUGGUUUUAACACUGUAUAAAACUUUUAUGUAAUAAAGUGGACCUUUAGUUUUACAAGAGAAGCAGGUUGUAAAAUAAAGUACUUUAUGGAUAAUUCCUGAAAGAGUUGUACACAUAAGAACUGUGAAUAUCAGCUCCUCUGGGUCCUGCUUACCGCUGACUUUUUUUUGGUCUGGUCAAAUCAGUGGUUUGUGUAUAGAUUUUUUUUUUUUUUAAUUUAGAAUUAAAGUUUUUAAACUGGAAGGUUAUAAUUAUAAUUUUGAAAACCUUUUUGAGAUUAUCACAUUUAGUUUAUAUGUAUGCAAGAAAGCUUUUUGUCUUUUCUCUGACAGCUCUAGCAGUUUCAUAUUUUGGUCAUAGUUUCAACAUUUUAACAUGUGAAUUAUAGGGUUUCAUGCUGGUUUCCAGAUUUUAUUGUUUGACUAUGUACAAUGGAACUUUAAGUCAUAUAUACAUAUAUAUAUAUAAAUAUAUUAUUCUAAGGGGGGAAAUGUUAUAUUUUUCUGUUUCUAUAAGAGAUGAAUACAGUAGAUACUUUUUCUAUUGGUAAUGAUUGAGUUCUCCUCUUUCAGAAGACAUUUUCUUUCUCUUCUGAGUAAUUCAGAUAAAAUCUGGCCCUGUGAAACCCUGGAAAUCUUAAGUCUGUUGAAAUACCAGGUUAAACACAUUCCAAGAGAUCUGUUUAAACUAAAAUUCUUUUGUAUACUUCUGAGGUGCCUGAGAAAAAAGACUUCAUUAUUUAUGAGAAAAUGUGCUUUAUCUUGGAAAUUGUGUUCAAACAUUAGCUUACUGUUUUGUAGAAUGAAUGCUUAUGAAGCUGACAUGAGACCAUCUCAGAAGAACCGGGGCAGGUUCCUUGACCUUUUGCUUGCUUUUCUGAACAUUGUGAAUAUUACACAUUUCUUUCUAAAUUAUUCUAGAGUGUGAAAAUGUCAAUGGUAUGAAACACCACAGUACUGGAAGAAUUAAUAUAUUACUUUAGUAAUGUACCUGAGCUAAAUGACUGAAGCUUUAGGGGUGCAUAGAAACCACCAUAAUUUGUAUGACAUUUUGAAGUGAAUUAAAUAUUUUUGAACAUGCUUCUUUGACAGCCAGUGUUAUAUUUUUCAGAUCAACACAAAGCACAAUGAUUACUCUAAACUCAAUAUUUUCAAGUUCACAUAUUUAAAGUCAUGCAAGCUGCAACUUCCCUGUCAAAAUUACUGGCUGCCAAAUUUAUACCUGUUUCUUCAGCUGUACCUUUUGAUAUUUAGAAUUUUUAAAUUUCUGUAAAGUAGAUUUUGUAGAAUGUAAUGUGUUCACUGCCUUUGUGAAGCGGUAUAUAAUUGUAUAAUUUCUGUGUGUAAACUGAAUGCUUGGGCUUUCAAUACAGUAUUCAUAUAAAGCAAUAAAUAUUAAUGUUAUGAAAUAUUCGAGUACAUUUUUAUCAAAAUAUAAAAGAAUCCCUUUUUUAGUUACAGAUACCUGAAGUACACAGAUGAACUUAUAAAACUGAUGCAAACAAUUUCUGACACUGUAUCAAUAUGCUUUCGGGUGAUUUGGGGGGCAACCACGAGUUUCGCAUUUUGACUACUUAAAUUGCUAUGACUAAAAUACCAAAAUGAUUUGGAUUCCUUUAUGUUUGUAGGGUAAUAUACUACUGACUGACUUGACUGUCAGGUUCACAGCAGCUAGAUGAUGUAUUUAUGAAUGUGUCUCAUAAUUGAAAUAAAAACUGAAUAUUUACUGUACCCAUGAGGGGAGAAAAAUCAAACAUUGUAAAUUUUUAAAAAUUUUUUUGCAAAAUGUUAAAAUGAAGCAAAUUUUAAAUGUGACAUUCAUUUAUAGUGACCUAUUACUUUAUUUUGUUGAGGGAUAUUUUGCCAAUAAGAGCAGAUUUUAAACAUUUUAAGUUUAGAAAUUUUGAAAUUUUCUUUAGAAUAUUUAUGAAAUUAUUGUCAAUAAACCUCUUCUUCAAGA